CCUCCUUUUGACCUUUUGAUUCUUUUUACGUACGAUUAAUUACAACGUUCAACAAUACAAUAUCCAAUUGUAGUAGACCUUCUUUGAUCUUACGCUCAUGUCUUCUCAUUCACCGUCCUCUUCUUCGAAUUCCGUUGAAGUGUGGGUGCUUAUGGCGCUCAUCUACAAAGACAUUGACGAUUUUGAUUAUAAGAAUGCAGUUGUCCUGGCUGAACGAUUGUACGCUGUCGACAAGAUUAAUCAAGAAUACCAAUUAAUAUAUGCCAAAUGUUUAUAUUUACUCCACGAUUAUAAUGGCACUUAUGACGUUUUGAAAAACACUACCUCCAUUCCGUGUCGCCACCUCUUUGCUCGCAGUUGUCUGGAACUUGGUAAUCUUGCUGAUAAAACAGACAGAAAAUCCUAUUUUUGGCAAGCUGGUGUUGAAGCUCUCAAAAGAGCCAUGCAAGAUUAUCCAAACUUGGAAGCAAAACACAACUGGGCUGAUGAUCUCACAAGUGUAGCCCAACGAAGUCAUAUGCCAAGUCAAUCCACUAUUACUAACUUGCUAGGUGAACUAUAUAUCAAACUCGAUCAAGUUAGUGCAUCCGCCAAACAACUUAAAAGGUCCAUUGUACACAAUCCCUUCAAACUGACAGCUUUUACGAAACUAUGCGACAUUGCUCCUGACGUGGUUGAUUUCAACAAAGCUGUAUCACCAAACGAGAUCUUUAAGGAAUUCAACCUUCAUACCACCAAUCUUGACCGAUCUGCCAAAGUCAAUCUACCAUCAUUACCGUUUGAAUCAACCGUUUCUGAUAAAAAAUGUACAUAUCAACACACUGACACAACAUCAUUACCAUCAACAGCAGCAGCAGCAGCAGCAACAGCAGCAUCCACAAUUUCUACAAUAUUCGCAUCUUCGUCGGCUCCAGAUGAUUCACCUUUUCUUACAACUUCUAAUGGUACAACUCCUCAUAUCACCUCAACAAAUGACACGAUACCUACCUCAAUGGAAUCUUAUAUGCCCAUGUUACGAUCAAAUUAUGCUGAAGUCACUUUGGAUCAUUUACGAUCCCUUGUUCGUAUGUCUAUUCAACCUCAACCUCCAACAAUGAUAUGGGAUGAAAAUAUUGAAAGGAGUGAAACCGAAAUACACAAGGAUGAAAUAUUUCAAGAGAUGAACAACAAUAUUGAAAAACAAAGAUUAGAUGAAGCUUUCAAGAACAAACAUGGAUUACACAAGAAACCUCCAGCUGAAACAACUCAAGAUCUCAAAGUGGAACUCAUGGACGAUAUUAAUGAAACUUCAGAUUCAUUCAUCGAUUCAAAUAGUUGGAGUUUAUCUCAUCCAGCGCCACGGCUAACAAGUGAUGUCUCUUCAUCCCCUCCAGUUCACAGCAUUAAGACAAGAUUACGAAAUAAACGAACAACCUCUCCUAGCAAUGAAAGAACAACGAAAAAGCGAUCUACAUAUCCUUUUGGUGUUGUAGGCAACACGACGCAUCAAUCAAGUUUAGAAUCACUAACCCAUUACUUUGUACCUUGGUCUUCUCCUCCAUCACAUCCCAUUACAGCGGGAACAUCAACUCAUAAUACCAAACCAUCACUGGGUAAUACUACGACUGGCACCACAGCAUCUGCAUUAACAACGAAGUCAGCUAAGGAUAGUACAGACCAAAUGAUCAUUGACGCCAUGAAUAAUGUGAUUCGUGUUAUCGGUAUCAUUGCCAAAGGAUAUAUGUAUCAAUCGUCCUAUCGAUGUAGAGAAACGGCUUUAGAACUACAAAAAUUGGAUGAUCAACAAUAUGAUACUGCAUCUGUACUUAGUCUUUUAGGUCAAGCUUAUUAUGAUUCUGGAAAUCAUCAAAUUGCGAGAGUGUUUUAUCGAAGAUCCUUUUAUAUUGCUCCAUGGUAUUGCAAAGGGGUCCCAAUUUAUUCAACAUGUUUAUGGUAUUUGGAAAGGGAACAAGAAUUGAAUCUAUUGGCUUAUAGAAUGAAAGAUAAUCAUACUCAUCGAUAUGAAGGUUGUAUUGCUGCAGGCAAUUGGACGAAAUGUUUGAAACGUGGAAAUGAAGCCAUCCGAUGGUUUCAAAAGGCAGUGGAGUUGGAUCCAAGUCGAUCUUAUGGACAUGCUCUUUUAGGUUAUGAAGAAUGGGAGAAGGGAAAUUGUCUUGGUGCAAAACAACAUUUUGCUCAAUGUAUGAUGGCAAAUAAACGAUCCUAUUUUGGAUGGUAUGGUGGUGCAACAGCGUAUCAAGGCAUGCAUGAAUUUGUACAAGCAAGAACUUUAAUGGAAGAAGCAAUACGGUUACAUCCUCGACAUCCGGUGUUAUUGGGUACCAUGGCCGAAAUUUUAUUUUCAUUGAAGGAAUACAGGUUGGCGUAUGAUUAUGUAUGUCAAUCCUUAGCAAUGCGUGAAAAUAUAUCCAUGGAGCUCCUGAAACGGAAAAUCAAGCAGAAAUUAGAAAGUGUCAUGGAUGAAGAUGAUGAAGAUGAUAUCGUUUCUCUAAAUAGUAUUCAUGUAUAGUUUAGCAUUGUUAUUAGUAUUUAUUCUUCUCUUGUUUGUUUGUUUGUUUGUUAAUAAAAGCCAUAUCUUAUAUAUUUUUAUGUCUUCUCAA